AUGAGCCCUGCCAUCAUGGCCGUGCACCGUGACAGCAAAGCAUCUUGCCUCAAGGUGACCUCGUGCUGGAGACAGAAAACGGUGCAGGCAGGGGAGGUGGUGCAGCGCUCCGAACGGAGGCGGAUCCUUUUCAGCAGAGAAUCUGCCCAAACGACGCCCCCUGUGGAAAUCCUGAAGCUGCACCCUAGCCUUUCAGCCCUGGUGUUGUCAUCACUCUCCACUGAAAUAAGGUGGACUGAGGUGAGCAUGGGUGGUCGUGAGCUGCAACUGAGCACAGAGGAGUGCAGGAGAGGCCUGGCAGCUGAGCAGGAAGUAGCAGAGAGGGAGGCCAAGCAGGAGGGGCUCCAUGAGAAACAACGAAGCCAGGCCAAGGCUGCUGCUGGCAGCCUCGCCGCCGAUGUCAGGAUGUGGGUGCCGAGGAAGAGUCGGGGCCCAGACCAGUGCGUGGCUUUCCGCAGCCGGGCAGCCCACCAAGUCACCCCUUCGGAGGUCUCCCUCACUCGUUUCAUUCAAGAAUACAGACGUCUGCUGCCUGGGGACCGCCUGAGGGACAUCCCCUUAAAGGUGGCAGGUAGGGUCCAUGCCAAAGGAGCUUCUGGGGAAAAGCUCAUCUUCUAUGGCCUUCCAGGAAAGGGGGUCACGUUGCAUGUGAUGGCCAAUUCCAGGAAUCAUAAAUCAAAAGAAGAAUGUAUUUGUAUCGGUAGCAGACUACCAGGAGACGUAAUUGGAGUUCAGGGGGAUUCUGGGAAGACCAAGAGAGGGGAGCUCAGCAUCGCUCCCGAUAAGAUCACCCUGCUGUCUCCCUGUCCGCAUGUGUUACCUCGUCUGCACUUUGGCCUCACAGAGGAAGAAACAUACUGUCAGAAAUCAUUGGACUUGACCCUGAAUGACUUGGUGAGGCAGAAAUUUACCAUCUGCUCUAAGAUCCUCACACAUGUAAGAAGUUUCGUGGUUGAGCUGGGAUUCCGAGUGACUGUAGCUCCCACGGUGAGCCCCAUCCCCGGGGGAGCCAUGGCCAAGCCUUCUCUCCCCCACCACAAGGGGCCGGACAUGAAUUUGUGCCUGAGAACCGUUCCAGAACUCUACCAGAAGAGGCUGGUGGUUGGUGGCGUUGACUGGGUUUAGGACGCUGGGUGCCAGUUCUGUAAGGAGGGGACCGACUUCACUGACACUCCUGAGGCCACCCCCUUUCAUGAAAAAGCUGUUGAAUGCUCUCCACCUUGGGCCACAGCCAGGCUCCGUGAUAAGCUUGCUGGGGGCUUCCUGGAAGUGACAGGCGUCAAUCCUACAUUCUUCAGUGACCACUCACAGAUAAUGCGCCCUGUGGCCAAAUACCACCACUCUCAAGAGGCUCUGACUAAGCACUUCGAGCUGUUUGUCGUGAAGAGGGAAAUAUGCAAAGCCCACACCAAGCUGAGUCACCGCAAGUGGCAGCGGCAGCUUUCUGAAGACAAGGCCAAGGCCAAGGCUGCUGACGAUGAUGCGGCCAUGUUCAUGGACGAACACUCCUGCAUGGCCCUGGACUACUGCUGCCCGACGCAUGGCUGGGGCUCCAGCACCCACCGAGUCUCCAUGUUUCUUGCAGACUCCAGUGACAUCAAGGAAGUGCUUCUGUUUCCUGCCCUGGAACCCGUAGGCUGGCGGGAAAGUGUAGCAACCGCUGAUAACACUGGCACUUUGUCUACAAGAUUAUCAUCGCAAGUCACGCAACUGAGGCAUCCUUGCCCUUCUGCCAAAGACAAGCAUGGCAAGGGAAUCCUUGUACGGUGCCGUCCAUGUGACUCCUGCAGUUCAGUCACGAGGAGAGAGGAAAGGAAUUAAGAAUUCCAUUUAUGCCCCUUGUAGCCAAAUAAUCUGUUUUUCUCUAAAAAAGAAAAGAAAAAUGGGGUGCAGUAAGAAGCAAACCCAAAUGUGACGUUGAUUCAGGCAAACAAUGCAGUGGCGAAAAGGAACUCUGUUUGGCUUUGAUGCUGGGAACAGUCUCUCUAUGGCGGCUCAAGAACCCUGGUGUGAG